AUGGAUGCGAAGUUAUUACGGCGCGUUGAAGCGAAGCGCGAUCAGUUCGCACGUCUUCCUCAUACGUCGUCGUUGAAGAGAGCUAUGCGCGAAAGUUAUUUUCUUCACAUUUACCAUACUGUGGCCAUUGAAGGAAGCACAUUAACGCUUGGACAAACACGUUCUAUAUUGGAAUCUGGUGUAGCUGUAGGCGGGAAAAGCAUUCAUGAACACAAUGAAGUAAUUGGUAUGGACGCAGCUCUCAGAUACUUGAAUCACUCUCUUCUUCAUAGUGAUGAAAUCAGUCUGAAUGAUAUACUAGAGAUGCACAGAAGAGUUCUUGGAAAUGCUAAUCCAAUCGACGCUGGACGAAUCCGAACUACACAGGUGUUUGUUGGAAGAUUCACGCCUGUAGCUCCCGAGUAUGUGAAGGACCAAUUGGAUGAGCUCGUCGAUUGGUUGAGGGAUCCUGGUACACUGGAAAUGAGUCCUAUCGAGAGAGCUGCUAUUGCUCACUACAAACUUGUGGGUUUUUAUGAUGUA